GACGCAGCAGCAGGACACCGCGACAUGGACGGGCACGGAGGGCCACUUUCUCAGCUGCCACCGGGCCCACGGCGGGUGUCCCCCACGUCCAGUCCCUGGAAAGCAGGCUGUUCCUCUGCUUUAUGCGCGGUGGGCGACGAACAGGACUGAUAUCUAACCAUGCAGCGGAGAACAAGAGGAAUUAAUACUGGACUUAUUCUACUCUUUUCUCAAAUCCUCCGCGUUGGGGUCAGCAAUAUUCCACCUGUCACCCUAGCAACUCUGGCUCUCAACAUCUGGUUCUUCUUGAGUCCCGUGAAGCCGCUGUUGGGCUCCUGCCUCAGCGUGGACACGUGUUACCAGCAAAAAGACUGGCAGCGCUUGCUGCUCUCUCCUUUUCACCAUGCAGACGAUUGGCAUUUGUAUUUCAAUAUGGCUUCCAUGCUAUGGAAAGGGAUAAACCUGGAAAGAAGACUAGGAAGUAAAUGGUUUGCCUACAUCAUCGUCACUUUCUCGCUGCUCACCGGGGUGGUGUACCUGUUGUUGGAAUUUGCUCUUGCAGAAUUGAUGAAUGAACCUGGCUUCCGAGGGAACUGUGCUGUGGGUUUCUCAGGAGUUUUGUUUGCUUUGAAAGUUCUUAACAACCAUUAUUGUCCUGGAGGCUUUCCCAACGUUUUGGGCUUUCCUGUGCCCAACAGAUUUGCCUGUUGGGCAGAACUUGUGGCUAUUCAUUUCAUCUCGCCAGGGACUUCCUUCGCUGGGCACCUGGCCGGGAUUCUCGUCGGACUGAUGUACACGCUUGGGCCUCUGAAGAAAGUCAUGGAAAUGUGUGCAGGCAAUUUUCCCUCCCGUGUUCAUCACUCAGGACAGCAGUACUACUUUAAUAGUGCAGGCUACGCCAGAUAUCAAGAUUCUUACCCCUAUGGCGGGCCAGGUUAUUCUGAAGAAGUACCCCGGAACUAUGAUGCCUACACAGCAGGACUGAGUGAGGAGGAACAGCUAGAGAGAGCGUUACAAGCCAGUCUCUGGGACCGAGGAAAUAGCACCCCGGGCCCCCCGCCCUAUGGGUUCCGUCUCUCUCCAGAAGAAGAAAUGAGGAGGCAGCAGCUUCGCAGAUUUGACCGCCAGUGAGGGGCGCGGCGCCUUGGGCGAGAGCGGUCCUGUCUUAUUGCCCACGUGGCCGUCCUUCCCCAGGCCCCUACUUGAAACAAAAGCAGAGUACAGCUUGAUCUCACAUCUGCCUCAGCUUGCCACCCCGUGGCCCCUGAGGGUCUCCGUCCACCAGGCGAUGGACACGUCUUGAAGCCACACUUGGGAAGCUGCCCACGGCUCUCCAGGAGCGGCCUCCUCCUGUGUCACCGGCCAAGGGCCCGUGCCUCCAUGCAGGGACGUGUCCACACUCCUUCCUCAUGCGGUGGGAUCAGCGGUCGCCUCUGCCUUGUUCUGGUUUUGAAGACUGUGUCACUCACCAGCCUGGAAGAUCGGCCCCUGUUCUGCCCGGCGUGCCCAGGCUUGGGCUCGGCGGGAAGAGAGAAGCCAUCCCUCGUGCUCCUGACACAUAGCCAUGAUGACUUUCCCGGAAACGAGAUGUGGCCGCCGCGCCAGCAUGCUGUCCCCGUCACCCUCGUCCAAGCGCCUCAGCUCCCUGGGCACCUGCGUCCAGGUGGCAUGGACAGCGUACUCGAUUUGUUCUUACGUUGCUCUGUCUUUAGAGAACGUUGGGCUGAAAGGGCUGGGGCAGGACCUCGUGGGGAAACCACCUUCACACUCCGUUAGACAUGAGGUGGCACCGACCUUCUGGGCUCACGCCGGCCUGUCCAGCGAGGGGAGAGGUUCCCAGAGAUGUGACUCAGGUUAGCUACCCGGCCAGCAGGCGGCAGUGGGUGCUGCCAGCAGAAUAAAGCAGUCAUCCGAGGGGCUGAUCGCUGACAAAGCCCUCUUGAGGAAGUAUUUUUUUUUUCCCAUAAAAGUGCCUUUCAGAUGGCCGCUGUAACAGCCGCGUGGCCUGACCAGGUGUCCUGGACACCCCCCAGAACCCUCACUGUUAGAGCCCACAGGCCAGCCACGUCACGUCAACUAUCUCUUGGUGCUUGUGCUUCAUGAAUAAAAAGGCAAAGUCAGAUAUCACCGCUGUCUUACUGUCACUGAGAUAUUUACCUUUAAAGAGAGUUGAAGCAGAAAAGGACCUUCCUAUUUUCAUUGCUAUUUUUGGUAUUUAUAUAUAGUUUCAUGGUCAUGAGAGUAACAGAUGUGCCUUACAUAUGCGUAAAGCAGACAUCGAAGGCAUAUGCCCGAUGUGAACAGAGGGCAUCUUUCGGGGUAGGGUACCUAGGAUUUUGAUUUCUGGUUUUUUUACAGUUUUAUAUUGUAGUGUUUUAAAAAUGUGUGUAUUAGGGGUGCCUGGGCGGCUCAGUCGGUUAAGUGUCCGGCUCUUGAUUCCAGCUUAGGUCGUGGUCUUGUGGUUGUGAGAUCAGGCCCCGCAUCGGGCUCUGUGCUGAGCAUGGAGCCUGCUUCGGAUUCUCUCUCUCUCUCUCUCUCUCAAUUAAAAAAAAGUGUGUAUUUGUAUGUAUCUAUAUUACUUUUGCAGUCAGUAAAACUGAUUUAUGUAGUAAUAAAGCCAGAAAUCUAUAAUCAGGAAAAUAGACUUAAUAAGGACAGUAUCUCCACUGAGAAAAUUCACAAUAGAAACAAAUAUAAAUACAUGUUCAACUUUAAAAUUGAUUAUAUUUUCACUACUCCUAGGUAUACAAGGUUAAUAUUUUGGGGAUAUUACUUUCUCAGUUUUUGUUCGUACAUGUUUGACGAACUUGGAGCAUGCCAACUCUGCAGUCUUGUAUCCAGUUCCUAAUCUAUACUGACCUGUGAGAGGCACUGACCUGACCUUGCUUACAAAUGAGCUAAGAAAGUGCUUGAGCCCUGGGAGCACUCUGACCUGCACGACGAUAGCCUGGCUCCACGGUUAAUUUCUCAUCAGCGUGAAGCGACACACAGCUUAUUAUAUGAAUUGUAUCUGUGAGUCUGAUAGCCUUAAAUGUGUUAAAAUGUUCAAAUGUGAUUUCUCUUGCUCCCACAUUCUAUGGAUCUGACUCCCAUUCUCCCUCUUAGCAAUAACCUCAUUCUUACCGAAUUCUCAUAGCUCUUUGUAAAGGCAGUUCUGCGAUAGCACUGAUGUCUUGUCCUGUUCUUAUUUGUGCACAACUACUCAAAAACAUGCCUUCUACACGAGGACCGGGGAUUGUGAAGGGCUCUGGGACAAGGGGCUGGGUCUUAGCUUUCUGCACUGUCCCUCUCUCCGCUGCCCCCACCCAGAGGCUGGUCCCUGCUCCUGGGAGGCACUCAUUGAAUGUUUUCCCACCAAAGUGUUCUUUCUGUUACACUGAAAGUCCGGCCACUGUGUGUGGAGCUGUUUUUCUUCACUGCUGUUAGUCCGGUAGUAUCGGCUCCUUGUUGUGUUUGUAUCAAACAGACACAAAGACGCCAGAAUCGGAUAUUGUUUGGCAGAAGUCAUAUAAUACACAUACCUUCUUUCUUUAUGGAGUGGAACACCAUUCAGCUUUAGAGAUGUGGGAGAGGUCAUUUUAAUUAUAGACCAAUUACCUUAGCACAACAACGAAGAUGUUCUGGAAAUUAGGAUAGUUACUUUGUGUUUAGUAGACUGGCCAGUGACCAAUGCUUCUUAUUUUCAGUGUCCAUCUUAUUGUUUUUUUCCCUGUAAUAAGGAACCCCCAGAAUUAUGUCAACACACUGGAAUUAGGUUGAGAAAGACAAACAAAAGCAAGUGUAUGAGACAAAUCAUCUCUCAUAGAAGAUAAGCAUUUAGGGCUGUUUUUAAGGUUUGAUGUGUAGUUUAGCCCGUGGCAAUCUCCUGAUUACCUGUGAAGCUUCUGGUUGCCAUUCUUUGGUUUUGGGCAGUCAACCUAGGAGACCUCUCAAUGCAGAAUCUGUCUGUGCUUCCCAAGAUGAGAGGAUGGCCACAGCUGCUUCCUUGUAAUGACCUUGAGCACGUCCAUGGCCUGUGAUCCCCAGGUUGGACGUGCUGGUUAUGGCUCCCUUUGUCCUGGCUGUGGCGCACCAGCAGUGAGAGGAGGGUCUGCUAGGACCGGGGUCAGUGUAUCUACCUGACCCUGUUCUGCCGCUGGGGAGUGGAUGUAUAAGGGACGAGACCCACCACCCAGAACGACUGUAAGACAGGGUGUGGCGGUGCUGGUCUCCUUGUUCCCAGUCUCCCGUUUCUCUUAAGAGGUUCAGUGUUUGAUAAAGUUGUGUUCAAUGAGUCAUUUUUAUAAAACCUGUAUACAGCUCUGCCUUUCCCUUCCCAUGGGGUAUCACAAUCAUUUCUCCUAGUCUUGCAUUCUAGAAUCCCAGACUUUGCUCAGAGGACCUUAAAAUCUCUCAAUUCAUUGCUCUGCUCGAGACUUAAAAUACCUCUUCACUCGGCUCUACCUCGCUCUGCCAUUUAAUCUUCCAAAGUGGACUCUUGCGCUGCCCAUCUCAGUACCCUUUAUCGUCUCUCUGUUGCCAAAGCAUGGAGCUCAGACUCCUCAGCCUCGACCGUGGGACUCCAGCCAGCCUCUCGGCCUCAUCCCCACUUAUCCAUAACAGAGUCUGUGCUUCCGCUCACUGAUCUCCCUGUCUAGGGCGUGAGCUUGCCCUGUGACCUCCCUGUGAUGUGCCAUUGCGUGGGACAGUCUUUUCCUCUCGCUCAGCCCACCCAGGCCCUCCCUGUCCUGCCCCCAGAUACCAGAGCCCAGAAUGACGCACUGCUCUUGUGGGCUGUUGGUCACAGUCCUCUUGCAGUUUCUAGGUAUCCUGCAGUGAAAGAACAUCUUUUCUCUCCAGAUUGGAAGCUUCAUGAGGCAGGGACCUUGACUGUUUCUGUGUGUCCCCUCCCCGUACCUCCCACAGUGUCUGCAGCGUCAGAACCAAUAAAUGCCUGUGUUUUGAAACAGA